UGUUCGACCAACCUAACUUGACCUGACAAAUCUCAUACGGCGUCGUUGUCAGCCGAUGUGUAUGCUAGCAUUAUUUUGACCCGAGAGCGAGAGACAAGUCCACCAGUCCACAGCUGAUAGCGCGUCGCGUACGUCGCAGUAGGUGAUAGUGCAUUAUAACGUUACAACGAACAUGAAUCUAACACCUAAAAGAUCGUACAAGGAGAGACGUACGUUCGAGCAGCGAUGGAUCAGUGCAGAAGAAAUUAGAUCUCUGCAUCCCAAUAAAAUUCCUAUCAUUGUGGAACGCUAUAAAUUAGAAAAUCAACUGCCACUUCUGGAUAAAAGCAAAUAUCUGGUCCCAGAUUUUCUAACUGUGGCAGAAUUUUGCAAAAUAAUCAGACGUCGACUGCAGCUGAAUCCAACGCAAGCAAUUUUCUUACUAGUAAAUCAGAAAAGUAUAGUGAGCGGAAGCUUGACCAUGGCUGAAUUGUAUCAAAACGAAAAAGAUCCAGAUGGUUUUCUUUACAUUGUGUUUGCCAGCCAGGAUGUAUUUGGUGAUCAUUAACCUCAGAAGCAAGACAACUUUAAACCAAGUAAAAACAAAAUACCUCCUUGGCACUUAAAAAUACUUUGACAGAUGUUUAUGUGAAAUUUUGUGGGGAUUUUAGAUCUGCUAGCAACUUUAUCUGCCUUUAAUUGAAUGUGCAGAAUCUUUGUGAUCAACUGAUGGUACCUGCUGGAAUAAUUAACAGAACAAUCAUAUUUGGAACCUAUAUAUAAAAUCAUUACGGUGCUUUCUACACACUUUUGACACAGAUAAAUUACAUUUGAUAUAUAAAUUAGCAUAGUAUCUGCUUAGUUUAUUACUAGUAAUGACAAUUUCUAUUAUUAAUUUUAGCAGCAAUAGGCUAUAUAAAUGAUAAUAAGCUAUGGGUAAAGAUAUAUAAUGUGGAUUUCUUUUUUUUUAUGAUAGUAAUGAGGAGAGGUUUAUGGGAGAUUUCUUUUUUCUUCCGUUUUUUCCCGUAUGUAUCCACACUUUCGUCUUCGUAAAAACAAAUUUGUAAUUAUAAUAAGUUUCAAAUAUGGUUUUUGUUCAACCUGAUUAUUCUUUUACGAAUAAUUUAUAUAUAGUAGGCCAGUCUCUCUUAGUUUACCAAUUUAUGUAAAAUUUACAUAAUUAUUGCAAUAGCUUUUGUAUAUAGUGUUUUUUGCCAUCAUACAUCUAAAUAUGAGAUCAAAAUCAAAAUGGAUGUAAUACUAGUUUAAGAGAAUUCACAUUUUUUAAAGAUUCCAUUAAUAUUUCUGAUUAACAUACUUUUAUGUACUUUUGAUGAUAUAGUUUCCUCAAGGACUAUUAAUGAAAAUAUCUUUCUAUGAUAAAAUUUUUAAGUAUUAUUUUUAUUACAAAAUACACACUAAGACAUUAACAAAAGUGUUCAUGUACAUAAUAUGCAGUAUGAAAUGUACGGUGAUAUGUGUUAAAUUCUCGUGAAAUUAUAUUAAGUUUUACACACAAGAUAUAUAAAAUUGAUCUCUAUCGAGAUCAUGAUAACAAAGGUAGUUAGAUACUAUUUUAACUAGGAAAAAUUCUUCAGUGUAAUGUGUUUUAAGAUAAUCUGACAUAAAGUCUCUCUUCUGUAGAAUACUUUUGCAAUAAGCCAUCAAAAGCGCGCAAAAAUUUAUUACUAAGGAAUUAAGCAAAAAAAUCAGAAUGAAUGCAAGUAUGUUUCUGAAACUUUUUAAAUAUUGGAUAAAAAUAGUUAAAUAUUUGUACACCUGAUAUAUAGUAUUUUUGAGCUUUAAUUCUGCAUUAUAGCUGAUUGCCCCAAUCCAUAUAAUACAUUGUUCUAUGUAUCUAUUUAAUGUAUUAUGUUCUAUUUAAAGCCACGUUUUUCUUUGUGUAAAUAAUUACUAAUACACUUAUGUGUUAUAUUGUAUAAUCAGAUGCAAUUUUAAGUACAUAUAAGAGCAUAUUUCUAAUAAUAGUGCAAUUUUUUUCUAACACUGGUACAAAAUACUUAGUAGCUUUUAUGCAGAUUGAUUUUACUUUAUAGGUGAUUGGCAUGUAUCAUAAUUUUACAUUAGUAUUACGCAACUCUGACAUACAGUCAUUGUACAAUGGAAAGUAGGAUAUUUAACAGGAUAUAUAACAGGAAUCGAAAUAUAUCCUAAAACGUUUUAAUUGCACCUUCUUAAGCUUUCUACGCUUAAAAUGAAAUAGGUAUAUAUCUGAGCUUUGGAGAGAGAAAAGAGACAAGGAACAAAGUGUAGAAAGUGCAAUUGAAACAAACAUACCUACAAUUAAAUUAAAAACAGUAGUGAUACUAGCAGUAGUCAUAUUACAUGUAGUGGUAAAGCUUUCGUAAUAUACAGAGAGAAAGUUGUAUGUUCCCCCUUUCCCCACACAUUGUGCGACAUAUUUGCAAUAAACUAAUCUUUUUCAUA